UGCAGCGGCUCAGACCCGCUCGCGCUCCGGUCACCGCCUCUGCUGGCCAUGAGGCGCCUGGCAGCGCUGCUUCUCCUGGCGGUUACUGCUGCCAAGAACACCUCUCCUGAAAAGGACAGUGUCCGUCUAAUAAAGACCAUCAGCAAGACAAGCAGCAAGGGGCUGGAUCAUUAUCAGUCAGAAAAUCUUCAUCCUCUAUGGCGUACAAAAAGGAGAUGGACUAUAACCACCUUUGAACUUGAAGAGGAGGACAAAGGACCAUUCCCCAAACUUGCUGGAGAGCUGUUCAACAACGUGUCAUAUAAUAUGUCCAUAAAAUAUUUAAUCAGUGGACCUGGUGUAAAUGAAUCUCCAGAGUUUGGGUUGUUUUCUAUAGAAGACGAUGCCAAUGGACAUGUGUACGUGCAUCGUACCAUUGACAGAGAGAACACCCCCUUUUUUAAGAUACGUUUUGAUGUUGCACAUACAAUGACUGGGAAGAUAGCGGACAGAUCUUUAUUUUUCAAUAUUAAGAUUAAAGACAUUAAUGAUAAUGCACCCAAGUUUCCCAAGGAGGAAUUUAACAUUACUAUAAAAGAAAACCAUGAUACAGAUGAGCCAGUUUUCCAAGUGACAGCCCUUGACAAAGAUGAAGAAGACACCGCUAAUUCUCGGGUGACCUAUUCCCUUACUACACAGACACCCAAUCUGAAAGAGCCCAGAUUUGACCUCAAUCCUACCAGUGGUUUUAUAGUGAUUUCAGGAUGCUUGGAUCAUCAGACUGCCAGCUCUUUCAAGCUUCUGAUCAAAGCCAGAGACCAUGGUACUCCACAAAUGUCAUCUACUGCAACAGUUAACAUUGCCAUUGAAGAUACAAACAACCACCUGCCUGUAUUCACCAAGGAAAAUUAUCAGUGGCAAAUUGAAGAAGGCAAAGUAGGACCAGGCGUGUUAAGGCUCCAGGUGGAAGAUCAAGAUUCUCCAAACACACCUGCUUGGAGAGCAAAGUACAAAAUAGUGAAAGGCAAUGAAAAGGAACAGUUCAUCGUUGAGACUGAUCCCAAAACAAAUGAGGGCAUUUUAAGUGUUAUUAAGCCUCUGGACCAUGAAGGUGACUCGGAGAAGAGACUUGUCAUUUCUGUUGAAAACGAAGAACCUUUAUUUUCAUGUCAUAAAGGGAAACUGAGGAGCCUUCCUGUAGCCCCCAUUAGUGUAUCCGUGGCUGUGAAAGUCCUAGACAGAAAUGAUGCUCCUGAAUUUCACCCUCCUACACUUGUUUUUCAAAAAGAAGAAGGCGUGAAGCCUGGGACGAGGCUUGGAAAAUAUUCUGCUGUAGAUCCAGAUGUGGUGCCAAAUAGGAUUAAAUACAAAGUAGUUCAUGAUCCAGCAGGGUGGGUGACUGUUGAUGAGAACUCUGGCGUUAUUACUGCCAUGAAAGAACUUGAUCGGGAAUCCCCCUAUGUGAACGACGGUGUUUACCCCAUCAUUAUUCAUGCCAUAGAUGAUGGUAUCCCACCACAGACGGGCACUGGCACCAUUCUGCUUUACCUGUCUGACAUCAAUGACCACAUGCCAACACUAGUCACGCGUUUCUUGGAAGUCUGUGACAAAGCAAGACUAACUCCUCUCAUCAUAAAGGCGGAGGAUAAGGACUCCCAUCCGUAUGCCAGUCCUUUUACAUUUAAACUCGCUGAUGACUCAAAAAGUAUAAAGCAAAACUGGAGAUUAGGAAAGAGUUUUGGUGACUCAGUUGAACUUUUAAGGUUGAGAAACCUCCCACAUGGAAAGUAUUUGGUGCCUCUCCUAAUUCUGGACAGGCAGGGAUUCUCUAUGAAGCAGAAUCUGUCUGUGAGGCUCUGCCGUUGUCCAGAUGGACGCGUAUGCGAAGAUCCGAACUCCGUGCAAUUAAGUCUUGGAGGUGGCGCCAUUGCUAUGAUUUUGGCAGCCCUCUUGUUAUUUCUAGUGGCAGGCUGUCUUGUGCUGCAGUGUUCAUGUGGGUCUGAAAACAGGAAAAGCCAAGCCCAUCUCCCUUUUGAAGAAGGCAUCCAGACUUUAAUCAAGUACAAUGAAGAGUGUGAAAACGUUUUGUCCCAGGAUGUAAAUGGAAUGGCACCAUCUCUCUCCCUUACAUCCAGUCGAGGACACUCUGACCAAGGUCUAUGUAGUGCCAGUACAAUGGUCCAGGCCAGACCAGUAAGUGACAACCACAGUUCCCACGCGGUCUACAAUUCUAGGCGCGUGGAGACACUCCACAGAAGACCCCUCACUGUGACUGUAGAAACAGUGGGUGAAAUGUUGAAUCAGAGGCUCUAUCACUUCAGCAACCUGGAGGAGGACAUAGUCACUUACCAACCUCACACCUAUGCUGAGGAGGGAAUGCUAGAGAGAAGCGACUCUUUCAGGUCCCUGCUCAUUGACGACAAUGAACUGCCCAAGGAUUUCUUGGAUGCCCUGGGACCAAAGUUCAUUGCUCUGGGUGAAAUCUGCAGAAGUGAUUUCAGUCACAGCCACUCUCAUAGGAACCAUGGAAUGGUGUGGACCUUCCCAAACAGGUUUGGAAGAGACUCAACCCAAGCACAAACAUCUGCUGACCUUUGGUGGCACUCUCCUACAGGGAAUGUCCCCAGAGUUACACUAUAAACAGAGCCGGGCAGUGGUCUGGAUUUGUAUUGUUUCUGUUUAAACUUGAUGGUGGGUCGCUCCCCUUUGGGUUCUCUGCCUGGCUUGACAGGCUCUUAGUUGUCAGCAGAGAGCUCUUUCUUUUAGAACAGUUACUCCAACUCUCUUUGAGCUGAAGAGACUGAAGUGUAGGUCCAGUCUGGUCAGGUCCUAGGCAUCAAGCAUCCCUAUCCGCCUGCAGUCAGCAGGUCUCCCCUUUCUGAUCAAGGGCUCAGUGCUUUCCUUGAAUGUUUCCUUAUGAGGAUACAUUUUAAAGAUGGAGGGAUCUAGAAUAAAAUUGAUCUGGGGCCCAGAUCCUCAGACAUUUAGGUGCCUAACUCCAACUAAAAUCAAUGGGAGUUCGGUUGCUAAGUAUCGUGAGGGUCUGGACUUUGGAAGCUAAGCCCCAUUUUCAGAAGUGACUUCGGACACUUCAGAAAAUGUUCCUGCUAAUUGUUGUAGAAGCAGGACCCAUUGUGCAGGGAGUUGACCACUCACAGAACUUAGUCAUCAGAGGCAGUCGGUUAUAGUCACUGCUGUUCACUGAGUCAAAGGCAACUGUAACUUUCAUCCCCCAACAACUAACUCAUGUGGUGUUUUGUUGAAUGAUGACCCCCGACCCCGCACAGUGGAGUUGUCACCCAGGGCCUCUCAAGCUGAAAGCAGGAGCCUCUGCUGCCAAAUGCAAAGGCCUAAAAGCCCAGCUCAGCAAAGCAUUUAAACAUGCACUUGACUUCAAUUAAAUGGCUCACGUGUUUAAAGCAAUAGGACUGUUGAUGCGUUCAAAGUACAUGCUUAAGCACCUUGCUGAAUCAGGGCCUACGCCUAAUAGCCAGGAGAAGCAGCUGAUCCAUAAACCUCUUAUAUGGCCUUUCUGCUACAGGGGGACAAAGACCGACAACAGGGGUAGGCAACCUUUCAGAAGUGGUGUGCCGAGUCUUCAUUUAUUCACUCUAAUUUAAGGUUA